AUGCAGCGCGUUAACAAAGGGAGCUUCCGUGUGCUCACGUACACAGGCGUCCAUACUUUCCCUUAUGCUGGUCCCAAGAGCCCAGCGGAACGUACCGCAGAACUUCGUAUUGUUAACGACGUCUUCUGGAUUCGUCUUUGCACCAUGGGAGACCUCGGAUUUGCCGAAGCGUACAUGUAUGGUGACGUCGAGUGCGAUGAUUUGGUUUCUCUUUUCCAUAUUUUCUUGGAUAACAGGGACAAUCUCUCCAACUUGGAUUCCAAAGCCUCGUAUUUAUUCACCUUACCACAAAAGAUCACCUCAUAUCGAUUCCUCAACACCAUUAGCAACUCUCGUUCCAAUAUAUCUGCGCAUUAUGAUAUCUCGAACGACAUGUUUGCUGGCUUCCUAUCCCAGGACAUGACAUACUCAUGUGCCAUUUUCGAAGACCUUGAUGGUGAUCUGAAGAGCGGCAUUGAUUAUCGGUAUUUCAGUGGUGGGGAGGGCCUUCAGCGGCUCAGCUCUGAGGAGCAGGUGCCCCCGACGAUCGAUGACGAUCAUUCUCUCACGCCCGAGAGCGACCCACUUUACCAGGCGCAGAUGCGUAAACUUACACACAUCAUCAAAAAAGCCAAAAUCAUGCCGGGCCAUAGGGUGCUCGAGAUCGGAAGCGGCUGGUGCUCCAUGGCGAUUCUCAUUACACAGACUAUACCUGAUACGACUGUUGAUACCUUGACGCUGUCGGUAGAGCAACAGACACUUGCACGACAGCGAAUCCAGGAAGCUGGUCUACAACAUAGAAUCUCGGUGCAUCUGAUGGAUUAUAGAAACUUGCCCGCGGAAUGGGAAGCAGCUUUUGACAGAUUCAUCAGCGUUGAGAUGAUAGAGGCUGUGGGAAAGGAAUUUUUAGCAACAUAUUGGGCGCAAGUCGAUUGGGCACUGAAGAAGAAGGGGGCUGUUGGCGUUGUCCAGGUUAUAACAAUACCAGAAGCUCGAUUCGAACGUUACAUGCGUGAAGUCGAUUUUAUACGCAAAUGGGUAAUUUUCCCGGGCGGGUUUUUGCCGACCCUGGUCCUUCUCUUCGAAACCUUACAACAAGGUUCGAAGGGAGACCUCACUGUAGAUUCGGUCAGCAAUAUCGGUCCUCACUACGCACGAACGUUACGCGAAUGGCGGAGACGAUUUUUAACGGCUUUUGAGAGCAGGAUCGUUCCGGCCUUACAGAAACGGUAUCCCGACAUCAUGACCGGUCCCAAAGGCAGGUCUCAGAUUGAAGUCUUCAAGCGAAAGUGGAUAUGUGAUUGUUAUUGCGAAGUCGGCUUUACCACUCGUACAUUAGGCGAUCAUAUAAUCUCCUUUACGCGAGAAGGAUGUCAGGAGUAUGGGUGUUAUACAUACGAGUAG